UAAGUAGUAUAAUAAAAAACGUGCUUCAGUUAAUGGGCCAAUUGAAGAUUAAGAUUUAAAUCUCCAUUUUAAACACCGCUGCCAUUUUGACCCCCCCCCCCCAAAUUUUAAAAGCAAAUUGUUAUAGUUGUGGGAUGAUGAAAAUGUUUCCUUUUUAAAUUCUAAAUACGGCAAUGGCAAACGUUGUCCACCAGGUAGCGCCAUUUUAGUAACAGUUUCCCCCCCCCCCCCCUUUGGAGAAGCCGUGACAGCUGAUUGAACUGAAGUGCCGAGUGCGCAUGCGCGCGCCCGACUUAUUUUGUCCUGGUCCGACCACGUGCACAAUCCUGUCAGAUGACGUCAGCGUGUAGCGUCCUCAUCCCCACCUGGGUCCUUCUAAGAAUCCCGGUCCUUCCCCGUGAGUUGUGACGUCACAGGAGCGGCCCGUGUUGGUUCCAGCUGACCGAGAGAGGGAGCGAACAUUCGAGCCUUAUGUCCAGGCCUCUGGCUCAGCUCCUGCCGCCGGAUCUCCCCGCGGCAGGGGCCAGCCCCCAGUUCGGGGCCCCCAACCCGGCCUCGAAUGGCCCCCCGGGCGGGCACCUGACGUCGAUGACCAACCUCAAGUCCCUCCUUCAGCUGCCAAUCAAGGCCGACCAGCGAGGCGCCAAAGACUGCUGCGAGAUGAAAGAUAAAGAUAAACCUUUGGACUCGGAUGAAGACUCGCUGGGGUUGGGCGGCGGCGCCGGCGGGCCCGGGGGCCUGGGCGGCGGCCUGGGCUCCGGCGCCCUGCGGCCCAAUUCCCAGUCGGCCUUCCUGGGCCCGCUGCUGUGGGAGCGGACGCUGCCCUGCGACGGCGGCCUGUUCCAGCUCCAGUACAUGGACCUGGAGGAGUUCCUGACCGAAAACGGAAUGGGCAUGCACGGAAACGGGCCCAGCUCGGCUAGCGCGCAGAUCCCCUCGCAGAGCUCCCAGUCGGCGGUGCCCAAUCAGAGCUCGCAGUGCCCGCCCGGCUCCCCUUCGCCGUGCUCGUCCUCUUCCUCGGUGUCCUCCUCGUCCUCCUCGUCCUCCCUGCUGGGACUGGAGACCGUCCAGCACCCGCCGCCGCCUCCGCAGCAAGGCAUGAUGGGAGGACCUGAGUGUCUACACGGCGGUCAGGUGGUGGGCCAGGACGCGUCGCCCUCCUCCAGCGGCCCCCCCGCCCCGGCCGGGGCCUCCGCGGCGACGGCGGCCAGCGGCAACGGCGACGUCCAGGUGAACUUUGACCCCGACCCGGCGGACGUGGCUCUGUCCAGCGUCCCCGGCCAGGAGGCGUUCGACCCGCGGCGGCACCGCUUCAGCGACGAGGAGCUCAAGCCGCAGCCCAUGAUCAAGAAGGCCCGCAAGAUGCUCGUGCCCAACGAGCAGAAGGACGAGAAGUACUGGAGCCGGCGCGUCAAGAACAACGAGGCGGCCAAGCGCUCGCGCGACGCCCGCCGCCUGAAGGAGAACCAGAUCUCGGUGCGCGCCGCCUUCCUGGAGCGCGAGAACGCGGCGCUGCGCCUGGAGGUCGCCGACAUGCGCAAGGAGCUCGGACGCUGCCGGAACAUCAUCAACAAGUACGAGAGCCGGCACGGCGACCUGUGAGGAGGACGAGGAGACGGCGGCGGAAGAGGAGGACGGACGGCAAGCAGUCAACCCUUGACAACGGCAGCACUUUAGUGGAAAUCCAACGUGCGACCGCAGGAGGAAACCGCUGCGCAGGCGCCGCUACGCGGGUCCCCCCCCCACCCAACAUGUCACCACAGCUCGCUCUAACUGUCCAUCCCGUAAAUCCCACACGUCCCCGCGUCCGACCACGUCGUGCUUUUUUUUCCUUCUUCUUCUUCUUCACGGCAAAGUCUAUUUUUCAAGCGCCAACCAUUCAAUUUAACGACAGCAGCACUUUCGUGUCAGUUGCUAUGCGGCAAAGUUACGCGGUAAAACGGUGGCUAGCUAGCUUGUGAGAUUGCUUCGCGCGCGCACAUACGAUCCUGAAAAGCUCCGCGGCGAUGCUACGCGGGACGCGGCUACGCCCGUCAUAUUUUUAGCCGCUUUAACAGUCCCCGAUCCGGAUUUUCCGCCCAGAUCUGACGCACUGCGCCCGCUAGCUUGGUGUCCUUUUCUACGUGACAGUCUUACGCUACGCGCCCCCCUCAACCGCGUCCCCGAGUCGUCACUUUAAUGCUCGGCCGCGUCCUUUUCUACACGUCAAAAUCUAUUUUUCAAGCGGAAAAACAGGAAGCGCGGCGGGGGCGGCGGUGCCGGGAGAACGGAUGUCUAUUUUUCUACGAGCAGGCCAGCAGGACUUUUCUCGAUUUUUCUACGUCCAGGCGGCGACAAACCGGUCGGCCGACGUCAAAAGAAUCUAGCCGGUGGAGGCGGAGCAGAAUGUAUCUCGUCCAAUCAGGGAUUUCAUACGGUGCAAGAGGCGGGGCUUAGUCACCAUUGCGAGAGGUGAGAAGGACUUCGGGGAUCAGACGCUCGUUCUGUUUUUCUUUACGUUUUUUUUUUUUUUUUUUUGGAAGCGGUUUUCUUUCGCCGCGUCCGAUCGGCUCACGGGUCGCCGCGGCGACAGACGCUCCGGGCCGGCGGCGCCCUUUGCGCCGUUCCCGCGGACAAUCGUGCGCUCGCGGCGCUCAGAAACGCGCACAAACACGUACGCGCGUGCGCACGCCGUAGAUAUUUUCACACAGACUCGUCGUGGUCGUGGUCGUUUUGGACUUCGAUGGUGCUGAUCCGAAACGGUCCUUCACCUGACACGCGCACGCGCACGCGUUUUGAACUGCCUAUUAACCCUUUGUUCGUGUUUGAGUUGCUCUUUCUUCUCUUUGCGUAUCGACGGAAAGCGUAUCUAGAUUUACACGUCUAUACCUCCUACCUUCAAACCUUUCCAGCCAUGAUGGACGCUCCCUACUAAUACUUAGUACUCUUCUACUCUCACUUAAGUGUAUAUGAUAUAUGCUUGAACUACGUGAUUCUAGUUGUAAUAUACAUCGAUGAAUAUAUUACAGAAGGAAAAAAAAAAAUCUGUUUUUUUUGGGGGGGGGGUCAUUUUUCUCAGGUAUUUUUGUCUGAGCUAUUAAAUACACAUAUUUAGAAAAAAAAAAAUCAAAGCAAAAAAAAAAAAAAAAAGUGGAACAUUCGCUCGCAGGGUUUGUGGCUGGUCGGCAUCGCGAAGUCGUCGUUGGAUCCGUGUUCUGAUUGGUCGGUCGACAGUCGCUUUUAUUUCACCACAAACUUUUUUUUUUUAAUGGGGGGGGGGACCAAAAAAACCAAAUGAAGCCUGAAAGGUAAAAAAAAAAGAUGAAAUAUGUUCUCAGCUUGUAUCGUGCUCGCUGUUUUUUCCCCCUCCUUCUUCCACUUCCUGUUAUUCCCUCCAACCACUUGAAUUCCACGGAGCCCAAAUGCAUUCUGGGUGCUGCACUUCCAACAUGGUUGUCUACUUUUUUUUUAUUAUUAUUAUUUUUUUUAAGGACUACACAAACAGCAACUUGGGACUUUUGAGUCGGGAAGGUUCCGGGACGGUUUUAUGCUUGGAUGGCGGCGUGAAUGGGAUUUUUUUUUUGUUGAAGGAUUUAGAGAUUCGGUCCCAAUGGUUUCAGACUUUACCGGGCGUUUUUUCUAUAUCGGGCGUGUUCCGCAUUGGUGCAAAAUGGUGGCCUCCUGGCAGGUAACCACGGCGACGAUAAUCACGGCCUCCUCGUUUUUUGUUUUUUGUUUACCUCUCACAACUUUGUGGAUGGCCGCGUUUCCCUACUGGUGACUCUUGAGAACUGCAACUCCCCUUGAAGCGCCCCCUAGCGAUGUGGCGACACUUUCUUUUCUGUUUUUUUUUUUUUUUUUUUCUUGUGGCGACAACGUUGGCGCUCCGACACCAAUAAAACGUUCUCCUUUCCACCAUUUGAGUUUUCUUUCUUUCCCGUGCAUUCUCUGCGGGUUGGUGUGAA